UUGCUGCGCCUCUUACUCAUCUUGUCUGCGUUGAUCACACCAUUGGUGAUGUGGAAAGGGCUUUCGGUUCUUCCCGCCUCUUCAGUGCCAAUGGUAUGUGUCAUCUCAGAGUCGAUGGCACCCGCUUUCCAUAGAGGGGAUAUGCUCUUCCUCUCCAAUCGGAGCAACCACAUUCAAGCUGGCGAAAUACCAGUUGUAUGGUUUGCUGGCAGAGCUUUGCCAAUGGUUCAUCGGGCGAUCAAAGUCUUUGACAUUGGUGGAGAUGAUAAUAAUCCCUCGCCAAGCGACGCCACAUCUAACUUAACAUACCAUCAUGGACGGACCUUCGUAACGAGAGACGAAAUCAUGGGCUUGGUCGUGGGAUACAUACCGUCCCUUGGAUGGGUUUCCAUUGCACUCCAGAAGCCCUUCGAGGCAAAACAUCUCAUACUG